AUGAAUAUAUUUCCAUACACUGAGCCCAGCCCUCCUUCUCAGAUUACAGUCUGUCAGGCCAGCAGCACAUCACUGUCUCUGCAGUGGGACACUCCUCCUGGUGAGGUGGAGAGCUACAUUGCGACUUGUUGCAGUGAAGGAGAAAUUUUGCAAAAGCUGACAACAGACACAAACAGCCUGACCUUCAGCAACCUGAGGUCAAGGGUGUGUUACUCUCUCCAGGUUUCUGCACAACUGAAGAAUGGAAGAGUGAGCAAGCCGACUGUAACAUCUGCCCACACAAAAACACAACUGGAGAGCUUGUUGGAGGAUCUGGGUUUGGAGCAGCACUACACAGAGAAGCUGUCCCUGGGCAAAAUACUUCAGAUUGAUGAGAAGACCACAAAUGACGAAGCUGCCAAACGGAAUUCAGAUCUUCCAUGGUAUUUUCUGAAGAAACUAAUGAUGGUAAAUGUGACAGCCAGGAAUGUGAAAUGUACAUCAGAGUGUGAACCAGACAGCAAUGUUAAGUCAGGAAGUGUAGAGUUAGACUGGGAUAAUCUCCUCCACAGUCCAAACUCAGGUGACACACUAAACCCCCUCGACAUAAUCACUGCUCUGUUUCUGUGUUCUGAUGGUUUUGUACAACAGGAAAUGAUGCUCAAAAUGUCGAUGUGCCAGUUUUCUGUGCCUUUGCUGCUUCCAAAUUGUAACACAAAACAGUGCACACUCAUGCUGUGGGCCAUGAGAGACAUUGUUAAAAAGUACAGACCUCAGUCACUGUCAGAAUCCAAGGGCUUUAUUGAAGACAGAGUCGUUCUCUCUGAGCUUCCCAUGGUGUCCUUUGUGAGACUGGGUGAGUGCUCCUUGUCCAAGGGAGUCGUGCAUGUGAACUGUUAA